AUGCGAUCCAAGUUUAAGGACGAACAUCCCUUCGAGAAGCGCAAGGCUGAAGCCGAACGCAUCCGUCAGAAGUACUCCGAUCGUAUCCCCGUCAUCUGCGAAAAGGUAGAGAAAUCUGACAUCGCGACCAUCGACAAGAAGAAGUAUCUGGUGCCAGCGGACCUCACCGUCGGUCAGUUCGUCUACGUAAUCCGCAAGCGCAUCAAGCUCUCCCCCGAGAAGGCCAUCUUCAUCUUCGUCGACGAGGUGCUUCCACCUACAGCCGCGUUGAUGAGCUCCAUUUACGAAGAGCACAAGGACGAGGACGGGUUCCUAUACAUUUCAUACUCUGGUGAGAACACUUUCGGUUCAUUCGAAGAGGCCUCGUAA